AUGACUGAUACUAAUGCAUUCAAUAAUUUAUUAUUUGACACAAGCAGUGGAUUAUUAAUGUCAAUCUGUUGUAAUUUAAUAUAUGAUCCUACAGAUCAAUUUUGUCAAAAAAAUGCAUCAUGUGUUAUGGAAUACUUUUCUGCAUAUGGAAAAAUGCAAGACUUAUUUAUUUGGGCAUUUGAAAAAGAAUAUCUAGAAAAAAGAAAUGCACGAGAUGAAGUAGAAACAUAUAGAUUUUUUACGACAUUUAAUUAUCUUUAUGCUAUUGAUAAUUUUUUUGAUUAUUCAAAAGAAGUAAUUAAACCAUUAUUUGAAGAUCGUACAAUGCUUGACUCAAUUGAUAUUGAUUUAUUUAGAGGAAAUUUAGAUGAAUAUACGAAAGAAAUGAAUGAAAAGUAUUACAAAAAUAUUCAAGACUUAUUAAAAAUGAUUCAAAUAUUAAAAAAUGGAUUUGAAGUAUAUUUAAGAUUAAUUCCAAUGAAUUAUUUUACAAUGUUAAAUGGAAUAUCUAAAUUACUUGAUAAUCCAAUUUAUAAGAAAAAAGGAUUUAAUUCCAGUUUAUUUGGUAAAAUUAUUAAAUUAACAGUAACUAAUUUUAUGAAAAAUAAAAGAAUGCUCAGAAGAGCAUUUCAAAAUACUGACCAAUAUAUUGAAAAAAUUGGGUUUGUUGCUGAUACUUUAGAGAAAAUGCUUAAUAAAUGUAAUGAACCUUAUGUUAUGCACCUUGUUGCUGUUGCACAUAAUUUAGAAGAAUUUAUGUCAAUUGAAACUAUUUUAGAACAUUCAAAAUAUGAAGAAAAACAACAAACUCAAGAAGUAUGUCAAAUGUCUUCAAAUGAAUUAGCUUCUUUAAUUAAAUGUAAUAUUCUUCCUAUUAAAAGAAUGUUAUCUCCAUUAAUUAGGGUAGAAGUAUCAAAAGCUUUAUCAUUAUCUGGUUGCUCUUCUGAUGACUUCUUAAUUUACACUAAUGUACUCCGUUCUUUUGAAACUUUCUCAAGAGAAUUUUACACCUAUUUUAAAGCAGUAUGCAGUGAAGAAGAAAGUAAAUUAAGACAAUUAAAUUCUAUUAAAGAAAAAGUUGGUCAAUCAAAUAAUAUAUUAAAAGAAAAGAAGAUAAAAAAUAUGAAACUAAAAGAACAAUUACAGCAACUUUGUAUUAAAAAAGGAAUUCAUAAUUUUUCUGAUAUUUUAUUAAAGACAACAACUUCUACAUCUGGUCCACUUACUACUCAAUUAAAUUUAGAACGUCAUAAAGGAAAAUUAAAUGAAAGUACACAACAACAAAAAUUAGUAACAAAAAAUGAGAUUAAGAAAGUAACACAAGGUGAAAAGAAAGCUGAGAAGAAAAGAAAAGCUGAACAAAAGAAAAUGGAAAAAGAAGAAAAAAAAAGAAAAAGAGAAGAAGAAAAGAAAUCAAAAAAAGAUGUCAAAUAA